GCAUUGAGCGCGCUACUGAUCAUAUGUUCCCUACAUCUGUACUGGAAGGCCGACGAGGAAUUGGCCGCAGCUCUUGAACCUUCAUCACUGAAAGAGCGACAAGCUAUUCUGUGGCAACAGCUUAGCUCCUUGCUGGAGGACCAUGCCCCGGAAUGCCUUUCUCCAGAGAGAGAUGACAGCUCGGGAGCAAUCCCGUUCAAUGCAGUGGAAGGUGUGUCUCGGCCAGACCUGAUUACCAAUUCCGACCGCAUCCAAGAACCGCUGCAGAGAGCGCAUGAUAGGUUCGUUGAAGCAAUAAGAACCUCAACUAUAGACAGGGCCUAUAGCCCCGGAACCAGCGGGAUCGUGUCGAGCGCCGGGAAAUCCUACCUUCCACUCUUCGUCACUUCAUUGCGCAUGCUUCGACGGACGGGCUCAACUCUACCCGUCGAGCUAUUCGUUAAAGACGAAUCGGAAUACGAGGCCAAGAUCUGUGAAGAAAUCCUUCCUCAAUAUAAUGCUAGAUGUGUGAUUCUUUCGGACAUCGAGGCCGGCCAAGGCUACUCCACGGAGGAGAUAGCCCAUUACCAAUUAAAGAUUUUCGCCGUGUUGUUUUCCUCGUUUGAGAAUGUCAUAUGGAUGGACUCCGAUGGCUUCCCACUCUAUGAGCCCGAAUUACUAUUGCAGAACGAACCGUUUGCAUCCACCGGUCUUGUUACGUGGCCGGACUUUUGGGCUUCGACGACUUCUCCUCUGUACUAUAAUGUAUCUCGACAGGCUGUUCCAUCGAUGACCGAGCGUGCUUCUUCAGAAACAGGGAUAUUUUUCAUCUCCAAGAAAACUCACUUCUUGACUUUGCUUCUGGCCGCGUACUACAACUACUACGGACCAUCCCACUAUUUCAUGCUACUUUCGCAAGGCGCCCCGGGAGAAGGGGACAAGGAAACCUUCAUCCAAGCUGCAGCUGCCAUGGGCGAGCCAUUCUACACAGUCAGCGAGAAGGUAUCCGCCGUGGGUCAUGCGAAGCCAGACGGAGGUCUUUCAGGGUCUGCCAUGGUUCAGUCGGACCCUAUCGAGGAUUACCGGUUAACCAGUGAAGGGAAGUGGCGUGCUAAAGAUCCCUCUGUCGCGAAGGCUCCUCGAGUGUUCUUUGUACAUGCUCACUAUCCCAAGUUCAACCCCGCAGAACACCUUUUUGGCAAUCAGUGGGAGACCGCUCCGACGCUGAAGCCGGACGGGAGCGAUGGGAGGGCAUGGCUUGUCGCCCAGAAAACAUUGGAACGCUUUGGUUUCGACGCUGAGAAACGCUACUGGGAGGAGAUCAAAUGGGUUAGCUGUGACUUGGAGCACGUCUUUGAAUCCUGGAAGGGCAAGUCGGGGAUCUGUGAUCGCGUGUCGGAAUACUGGCGCAAUGUGUUUGAGAGUCCGGAUGAAGAGACACCCGUUUUCACGCAAAUUUAGGGGCGGUGCAGUGAUAUAUGGAUCUCCGAUUAACAGCGCUGCGAUGAGAUACUACGUACGGUGGACUAAAUCUAGCUAACGGACAGAACUUCAGUUUAUCGCAUUUCUUACCGAAAUCUCACUGUUUUUAUAUUCAGCCACAGCUGCCAUGCAC